AUGCUUGUAUUAGAAAAAAAAAAAACCUUUGUUUUAUGCUUUAUAGUGUCACCGAAAUCUAAGCUGACCUAUAAAAAAGAACUAGAAAUUAGAUCCACCCUUCAGGAGCUGCUUAUCUACCUUAUUUUUCUAACAGACCUAUGUAUAUUGACUUUUGGAAUGGUAAGCACAAAUAUGUAUUACUUGAACAAGGUUAUAGCAACUCUGUUUUUGGAAACUUCUGUACUUGGGGAAGACAGAACUAACUUUAAAUCUGUUAGCACCAUAACUGAGUUUUGGAAGUUUAUGGAGGGACCCCUUUUGGAAGGUCUGUACUGUGACUCAUGGUAUAAUACAGAGGUUUUGUAUCAACUGAAAAACAGCAGCCGCAUCUACUAUGAGAAUGUACUUCUAGGAGUCCCUCGAAUUCGACAGCUUAAAGUCCGAAACAACACAUGCAUUGUCUAUCCAAAAUUUCAGUCUUUCAUGGAUGAAUGUUUUGACAGAUAUACUAUAGAAAAUGAAGACCGAUCUGAUUUUGGCCCUAAACAGGUACCUGAAUGGAAGUAUUCCCCUUCUUCAUCACUUUCCUUUCGGCAUUGGGGAAUUUUUGGUGUUUAUGAUAAUGGAGGAUAUAUGUUCACUUUACCCAUAUCAAAGACUGCAGCCAAAGAGAAGUUUACUUUCCUAAAAUUGAACAGCUGGAUCACUAGAGGGACCAGAGUUAUUUUUAUUGAUUUUUCAAUUUAUAAUGCUAAUGUAAACCUUUUUUGCAUCAUCAGAUUAGUAGCAGAAUUCCCUGCAACUGGAGGUGUACUCACUUCGUGGAAUUUUUACUCUGUGAAGCUACUCAGAUAUGUUACUUACUUUGACUACUUUAUUGCUUCCUGUGAAAUCAUAUUUUGUAUUUUCAUUAUUAACUUUAUCGUCCAAGAAAUUAAAAAAAUGAAAGAAUAUAAAUACACCUAUUUCAAGAGUUUUUGGAACUUGUUAGAGUUGCUGCUUUUGUUGUUGUCCCUUUUGGCAAUUUCAGUCAAUAUAUUCCGUACAUCACAAGCAUACCAUUUACUUGGACAGCUACUAGAAAAAACUCAGGAAUAUCCAGACUUCUAUUUUCUAGCAUAUUGGCAGAUUCGUUACAAUGAUAUGGUUGCUAUUAAUAUCUUCUUUGCAUGGAUUAAGAUAUUCAAAUUCAUAAGCUUUAAUAAGACAAUGUCGCAGCUGUCAACAACUCUCUCCCGCUGUAUCAAAGAUAUUAUAGGAUUUGCCUUCAUGUUUUUCAUAAUAUUCUUUGCUUAUGCCCAGUUAGGGUAUCUUGUUUUUGGAUCACAGGUUGAUGACUUUUCCACUUUUCAAAAUUCUAUAUUUACACAGUUUCGAAUUGUUCUGGGAGAUUUUAAUUUUGCCAACAUCGAGAAGGCUAAUCAGGUGCUGGGACCUACUUACUUCAUCACUUUCAUCUUCUUUGUAUUCUUUGUCUUGCUGAACAUGUUCCUGGCAAUUAUUAAUGAUGCUUAUUCUGAAGUGAAAGCUGACUAUUCCAUUGGUAGGAGCCCAGAAUCUGAAUUAGCGAAUCAAAUCAAAGCAAGCUAUACCAGGACCAUGGAGAAAUUAAAAUUAAAGAAACCCCAAACAGAAGGAAAAAAUAAAGUGGAAAUUGAAAGGGCAAACCAGAUGAAAAGAUGGAAAGAAAGGCUUGAAGAAAAGUAUUAUUCUUCAGAAAUUCCAGAUGCUUAUCGGCCUGUCACACAACAAGAAUUUCGAGAACUCUUUUUAUUUGCAGUAGAACUAGAGAAGGAAUUGCACUAUGUCAGUACAAAAUUAAACAGAGUGAUGAAAAGAAUUUCUACUUCUAAAACAUGAGAGAUGUGCAAAGGUGAGAUCAUACUGUGCCAUUACAUUAGCUUUCUUCUCCACCACUUUUUACUGUAUUACCACCUUUAAUCCUCUUCAAUCUAAAUUGUUUAAAGAAGUUUACUAAAAAUCUAAUAGUAUGCUAAAAAUCUAAUAGUAUGACUAUUGAAGUCCUUGUUCUAUAAUUAGCUUAUUCAGUAACAUUCCUAAACCCUAAAUGGGUUUAGGACAAUCAUUUCUAAAUCUUAGGGCAAGUAUCGUUGUGGCCAAGUUAUAGAGCUCUUGGAAGAUCUUGGGUAUUGAAUCUUUGUUUCAAGUAUAAGCUUUAAUGACUCUGGGCAAGUCACUUAAUGUGUCUCAGACUAAAAUUUCAAUGUCUCUCAGAUUCAAAUUUCCUCAUCUGUAAGAAGGGGAUAAUUCUUAAAUCAAAAGUUAUGGAAGGGGAUAAUUCUAGAAUUAAAAGUUAUGUUAUUCUCCAUGUUAUAAAGCAUUUUAUUAUUUUUAAAGGUAUUAUAAAGAGAGGGUUAUAAAAAGCUGAGUAAAAAAGGCCAGGAAGUUUAAGCCCUAGUCAUGAAGAGCCAAUUUUAUUCCUUUUUCAGAAUAUCAUUUAUCAGUAUUUCUUAAGUCACUGAUUUUAUAUCUUUACUUCUUAAUGCUUAAGACUAUAGAAAGCAACCAAAUACUUCAUAUGCAAGUGUCUCAGCCACAUUUUACAAAUUGAUGAUUCUUCAGGCAAACACAAGUUUAUAAAGCAGCUUGUUCUACACAGCAAUGUGAAUAGUUUGAGAACAUCUGAAUGUUAUUUCUCCAAAAAUAUUAAAAUGUUUAUACAUAAAUGAUACGUGUGAUUGUUUGAAAAGCAAAUCUGACUACUCCAAAUCACUCUGCUUCCUGUCCCCACAACUAGUCUGUAAGAUAGCCCAUUUAUUCCUUCAUUUUAAUUAGCAUUCUUUGAAUCCUGAAAAUGGGUUUCUAAAUGCCCCCUCCAAGCCAAGAUCCUAUGGCCAAAUUAAUUUGGGAAAAAUUAGUAAAAAAAAGUUGAACAAUAUGAACUACAAAUUUCACAAAUUCUCCCAAACCUAGAAAUUCAUUUGGCCAAAUGAGAGUUUCUCAAAGUUCUUGUUUUCUCUUGGCUCUUGAUACUUGUUUGGUAGACUACAUUAAAGUUUAAAAUUUUAAAGUUGAAAGUGGUUUACCACAAAAUUUUUAAAAAAUUAAAUUUUGUGCAUAAAUGACAACAGUCUCUCAGAGUCACAAAACAUGGGUCACAAUGAGACUGCACUUAACAAAAUUGUGCUCAUUUGUUAAGUGUAAAGUAGCAGUAAAGUAGCAGUCUGGCAUUUCUGAAGUCAUCAGAAAGCUUCUACUCCCAACCCAGAAUUUUGUGACAAACCACACAGAUAGCCUAUGGCUGACUCUCCCAAAACAAUCACCAACAAAUGGUAGGACCCGACUAUACUGCAGUUAUUUUUUCAAAGGCAUAAAUCUAAACUCUGAAUUUUUACAUACUACAACUAGUUACCACUUUCAAGUUAUCAUUUUUAUAAGCUAAAAAUAGCUAAUAAUAGCUAAGCUAUUAAAUAGUAUCUAGUCUAAAAUCUCCAAUGAAAGGCAAUUCUACAACCAUUAAAACUUUCUUUGGUAGAUUAAAAAGUUCUUUCGAUCUUCCAAGUCAAAUUCUAUUUCUAAAAAACAAAAAAUGUAAACCUUCUUCCAGGAAAUACAGAAAAAGUGGGUUUUUUUUUCCUUUCCACACCUGUUGCCAUCAACCCCAUAUUGCUUAAAGGCAACAAUCUUACUGCCAUUGGGUUUCAGAUCUGGUUUAUUCAAUCAAGAAUAAACUGACUCAGAACUUCAUGUCUGAGGACAUUAUAUGCCAAAGGAAUUUCCAGGGGCUGCCAUUUUUUUUAAUACCUGUUGGAAAAAUAGGAAGUCAUUACAAUGACUUGGGACAAUAAAGGUUAAGGUAUUUUUUAUUACAAAAAUCUAUACAGUGAAGUGCCAGAUAUAGCAACGUAAUUAUAUCUAGUGGACAUAUAAAUAUAUAUAAUAUGAAUAUAUAUCUAUAUAUUGCUGGUAUAUAGAUAUAUGGUUUUUACUUGUACCAAAGUAAAACUCUUAUCACAAAAUGCCUAGUUCUACCACUUACUGCCCAACAAGGAUGGAACACAACACUUAAGAGCAUAACUGUUGCCAUGCUUAUCUACUAAACUGAACAGCCAAACACUCUGUACAACAAACAUGAAGCAGCUGUUAAUUCUAAAAUGAACCAGUCAGAUCACUCACUUAUAAAAAUAUUGGAAUCAUAUAGUUUUUAGCAUUAUAAAGGAGGAAUAUAUUAUUUAAAACAUUUAAAUAGUGCAUAUUGACAUUUUGCAUGUGGCAUAUAAAACAAACAUUCAUGUACAACAAUAUACAGUACACAUUAGUUUCAAUGUUUGGAUACACCCGUGUUUGCAGACUGAUAGGAAAAAAACUGAAAUGUACAUUGCACAAUGGAUUCAAAUCAAAGUGUUAUAUGGUCCUGGUUUUAGUUUUUAAAUUUCAUUUCUCUAGGUACUUUAUGACUAGCCUUGCUAUAUGUAAAGGGAAACCAUCAGAACAUGGCUAGUUUUAGUGCUUUUUUUUUUUCAGAUUCUCAAACUCUAUGUCCACUAUUCAAUUCCAAAAACAAGAGGCAUUGCACACACAGAUGAACUCUGAAAUACUAUAAAUCCUAUUUUCAACCCUGUGUUUAUAUAAAAGUCCUUCCAAGUCUAUGAAGUUCAUGCUUCCCACAGCUUCUAAUGAUGUUACACCCCCUCCCC